AUGGCGCAGGACGUGUUGGAUAUUCCUUUUACCGAUAUUCCGUCGAUGCAGCGCAUCCCCGCCUCGCGGUCCAUGCAAAACCUCAACGAGCGGUAUGAACAAGGCCAAGCCCCUCCCCAGGGCCAGACCAAACAGCCCCCCAUGCAGCCCUCGCAUCAUGCCAAUCCCCCACCCCAGCAUCACCAGCAGCCACAGCAACACAUGCCACCGCGACAUUACCCGACCAACCGGCCACAGCCCGGACAGGCCCAGCAGCAGUCGCCGAGACAGUACCCGCAAGGCCAGCCUCAGGGACACACGGGCCAGACCCAGUAUCCUUACGCUGUAGGACGACAGGGACAGCAGGCUCCUCCUCAGCAUGCUUCCCAGCAGGUGCCCCAGCAUGUUCCCCACGCGCCUCCCCAGCAGCACCACGGUCCUCCCCCGCAGAAUCAUGUUCCUCAGCUGCAGCACGGUCCUCCGCAACAUGCUCCGCAACAUGUUCCACCCCCGCAUCAGCAGCAAUACUCGCCUCAGAAGCACCCUCAGGGCGGCCAGGUCCAGGGAGGAAACAUGCCCCCAACAAGUAUGGGCCAGGGAAUGACUCCUGGAGCACCGCAAUACGGUGGCCAGCAGUUCUCACGACAGCAACAACCGCCACAGAUCCAGACCCAGGCUAACCCUUACCACAUUUCCCGGCGACCCCAGAUGCGACACACCCAGUCGGCCACCUCUCCGACCUCCCCCUCCAACCCGUACUCGCAGUUCAGCCAGUUCAAUCCGGGCAGAUCAGUGUCUGGUGGACCUCAGCAGCAUCACCCGGCUCACCAGCAGCAGUACGGACGGUCCAUGUCUCUAACUCAGCAGUCGGUGGCAGCAACAUCGCGAGGCAACCCCAACGUCUACGAUCGAGAAACCGGGGGCCGAACCUCUACCAUGACUUCAACCUCUUCAGGUAGAGUGAUUCCGCCGCGACAGGGAGGACCUCCUGGCUCUGGACCUGGAGGAAUGGGAGGCAGCACCCAUGCAGUUAACGCACAGGGACACAGCAUCCCUGGGUCAACCGUCAGUCUCAACUCGACGGUAACUCCCUCUACGUCGGCAACCCACCUUCCCUCGUCUUCCUCUGCGUCGGUUGCCACUGCCAGCACGGUCGUGUCUCCCACACAGCAGUCAAGCUUCGGCAACCACAGAACGACCUCCACAUCGUCCAUGCGGUCGUUGUCAUCUGAAUUUGGCCCCUCUCCUCGUUCUGCAGUACUCACUGCCUCGCGACGAGCCCCUCUCGUCUACCCUGCGUUGCUGUCCAAGGUGGCCGAGAUGUUCCGACUCACCGUUGUGGUAGCAGACAAGAAGAAGAACGAGCUGAGUUACUCCAAUUCGUUUCUGGGUUCCGAGGCUGUGUCAGUGAUUGCCGAUAUCAUCAAAACCACUGACAGAAACCUGGCCCUGCUUCUCGGCCGGUCUCUGGAUGCCCAAAAGUUCUUCCACGACGUCACCUACGACCAUCGGCUGCGAGACUCGCCCUUUGAGCUGUACCAGUUCAACGAGAUUGUGGAAGCCAAUGAUGCGGCUGCCCAGACUGUUGGAAUGCCUGUCAACGGUGUGUUCACGCUGCUGACAGAGUGUUACUCUCCCACGUGCACUAGAGACAAGCUGUGUUACUCCAUUGCCUGUCCCAGGCGUCUAGAGCAGCAGGCUCGGCUCAACAUGAAGCCCAGCGGUCUUAAGCGAUCUGAGUCGCGUCUGUCUCUUCACGGCGACAGCGACAACAAAGAGCAGAAGCUGUGGAGAGAGCGGGUCACUAAGGAGAUAGCCAACAGUGUGGAUGACGAGGAGAAGAAGCGACAGGAGGUCAUUUGCGAGCUCAUUUACACAGAGCGGGACUUUGUCAAGGAUCUGGAGUAUGUACGGGACUAUUGGAUCACUCCCCUGCGAACCUCGAACAUUAUUCCCGAGGCUCGACGAGAGCGAUUCAUCAAGAUGGUCUUUUCGUUCAUCAUGGACGUGCAUGCCGUCAACAUCAAGCUGGCCGAGGCUCUGACCAAGCGAGAGCAGUUUGCGCCUGUUGUUCGACGUGUCGGAGACAUUUUCCUGCAACACGUGCCACGAUUCGAGCCGUUCAUUAAGUACGGAGCCUCGCAAUUGUACGGUAAGUAUGAGUACGAGCGUGAAAAGUCGUCUAACCCGGCAUUUGCCAAAUUUGUCAACGACACGGAGCGUCUCGAGCAGUCUCGAAAACUGGAGCUUAACGGUUACCUGACCAAGCCUACCACUCGAUUGGCCAGAUAUCCUCUGCUGCUCGAAGCUGUGCUGAAACACACCAAGGAGGACAACCCCGACUACGGUGACAUUCCUGAAGCCAUCAAACAGAUCAAGGCGUACUUGAUGAAGGUCAACGAAAAGAGUGGUCAGUCCGAGAACCGGUUCUCGCUGAUGCAGCUGAACCAGUCGCUGGUGUUCCAGAAGAACGACUACGUGGACCUCAAGCUGAUGGAAGAGUCUCGACGAAUCAUUUUCAAGGGCUCUCUCAAGAAGCGAACCCAGGACACCCAGGGUGAGAUCCAAGUGUACUUGCUGGACCACUUUUUGCUGUUCGUCAAGGUUAAGGUGGUCAACAAGCGGGAAAUUAUGCGUGUAUACAAGAAGCCCAUCCCCCUCGAACUUCUUUUGGCUGCUCAGGCUGAGGAGAUCGGUCCUAAGAGCUCUUCAUUCCGACGGCCUCCGUCUUCGCUGAUCCCCAAGACUGUGUCGAAGGAGUCGUCCAAUGGAAAGUACCCUCUGACCUUUCUGCAUAUCGGACGAAAGGGCUACGAGUUGACUUUGUAUGCUGCCAACUUUGCAGCUCGAAAGGCGUGGUCUGACAACAUUGAGUCGCAGAAGAAUGCCCGACGAGAGCUUGGCGACGUAUUCUCGCAGUACACGCUGUGCUCCGGCUUUUUCCACGGCAAUAACCGUGUCAAUUGCGUGGUUCCCAUUGACGGCGGAAGAAAGGUGCUAUAUGGAACCGACUCGGGAGUGUUCAUUUCUGACAUCCGGCAUCUUCCAAAGCAGCAGGGCUCGCUACAGAACUCCAUUGUGGCCACCACCCCUGUCAAGCUCAUUUCUACGAGCAACGUGAUCCAGGUGGCCAUUCUGGACGAGUACACGACGAUUUUGGCGCUUGCUGACAAGACUCUAUAUGCUUGGCCGUCCGAUAUCAUCGAUACUCCGGAUCCCGUAUCCAACUCGCGAAAGGGUAAGAAGGUUCUUGGUCACAUCAACUUCUUCAAGGCUGGUGUGUGUAAUAACCGAAUGCUGGUCUGCACAGUCAAGUCGAGCUCCACUUCGUCCACCAUCAACGUCCUGGAGCCCUCAGAACCCCUAACCAAGAACAAGCGGCAAACAACCCUCCUGUCUCUCAAGAAGGGACGUCAGGACACCGAGUUCCGGUCGUUCCAGCAGUUCAACAUUUCUUCAGAGAUUAUCUCCAUCUCACUGUUGUCUCUCAACUUGUGUGUUGGCUGUGCUAACGGUUUCAAGGUGGUGUCCCUCACCAAUUUCGACACUCAGAGUCUGCUGUCUUCUGCAGAUACUUCCCUGGAUUUCGUCAUUGGCAAGGAGCAACUCAAGCCUAUUGCAGUGUACCGACUUGAUGGCGAGUUCUUGCUCAACUUUUCCGAGUUCUCGUUCUACGCCAACGCCCAUGGCUGGCGAAAGCAGCCCAUGUGGCGAAUCGACUGGGAAGGCGUGCCUCAGAACUUUGGUAUCUGGUACCCGUACCUGUUGGCUUUCGAACCCAACUUUGUGGAGAUUCGGCAUGUCAAGACGGGCGAGAUUGUGAGCGUGAUCCACGGCGAGAACAUCCGGUUCUUGCACGAGUCGUCGCGGGAGAUCAUCUACGCGUACGAGGACGAGCGGGGCAACGAUGUGAUUGCCUGUCUGGAUUUCUGGGAAAAGAGUCAAAAGAGAGUGGCGGCGUAG